UCGCACCCGCGGACGCUCAUUCAAAACGCGGCCGCGCUCGGGCGCCCGCAGCCCCGCACCCCGGCCCCGCGCCGCCCGCCCCGCGGCCGGGUGCUGCCGGCGGGGAUGCCCGGCGGGGCCGCGGCCUGAGGCGGCCGCCCGCCCGCCGCCAUGCCGGUGAAGAACCGGUACAACCUGGUGGACGAUGGCUGCGACUCCCGCGUCCCGCUGCACAACGAGGAGGCCUUCCAGCACGGCAUCCACUUCCAGGCCAAGUACAUCGGUAGCUUGGAUGUACCCAGGCCCAACAGCCGUGUGGAGAUUGUGGCAGCCAUGAGAAGGAUUAGGUACGAAUUCAAAGCCAAGAACAUUAAGAAGAAGAAAGUGAGCAUCAUUGUGUCCGUGGAUGGGGUGAAGGUGAUUCUGCGCAAGAAGCAGAAGAGAAAGGAGUGGACCUGGGAUGAGAGUAAGAUGGUGGUGAUGCACGAUCCUGUGUACAGAAUCUUCUACGUGUCUCAUGACUCACAAGACCUGAAAAUAUUUAGUUACAUUGCAAGGGAUGGCGCUAACAACUCCUUCAGGUGCAACGUCUUCAAAUCGAAGAAGAAGAGCCAGGCGAUGCGGGUGGUGCGCACAGUGGGGCAGGCCUUCGAGGUGUGCCACAAGCUGAGCCUGCAGCACGCCCUGCAGAACGCCGACGGACAGGCGGAUGGUGCCAGCGACAAGUCAGCUGAGGAGCAGCCGCUGGAAGUUCACCAGAUAAAGGGCUCCAAGGUCACGGAUGCAGACAAGGUUGGCAUCGACUCUGACGGCAUCUGUGUGUCCGAGAGGGGACCUGGAGAGGUGCCAGGUGCCAGGGGGGACCUGGGCGUGCUGAAACCUGGGCAAGCCUCAAAGGAUAAGAACUGCCAGGAUGCUGAAAACUACUCCCUGCACCCAGCCAGCUCCCAGCAGCUGCUCAGCCCCAGCAGCCCCUGCUCCUCAGCCUCCAUCACCCCACUGGCCUCCCAGCACUGCCUCCAGCUGCUCCAGCAGCAGCUUCUCCAGCAGCAGCAGCAGACGCAGGUGGCUGUGGCCCAGGUGCAGCUGCUGAAGGACCAGCUGGCGGCCGAGACGGCGGCGCGGAUCGAGGCGCAGGCCCGGGUGCGGCAGCUCCUGCUGACCAACCGCGACCUGCUGCAGCACGUCUCGCUGCUGGUGCGGCAGCUGACGGCGCUGGAAGCCCGGGAGGAGCAGCGGCAGCCGGUUGACCGCUCCUUGCAAAACCUGUCCCUGGCUCAGUCCCUCUCCCUGAACCUGAAGAACCACUACAGCUUGGACAUGCACCUGCCAUCCACCUCCACCCCCGCCAGCAUCCUGGGCAGCCCCGUGGCCCCCGGCUCGCUGCCAGCCCUGGGCCCCGGGGACUCCUACCUCAACCUCGUCAGCCUGGAGAGGGGCGGCCACCGCUACAGCAGCAAGGAGGGGGACGAGUGCCUGGCAGUACUGGAGGGGCAGGACGGGCUCAGCCGGCGCGUGGAGGGCUCCGAGGUCAGCGAGUUUGCACUGCUCAACGGGAGCAGCCGGCAGAAGGUGGACGAAACAGACAGAGGGGAUGAGGACAGGCGGCAGCAGCCCAUUCCCAAGCUCAACCCGCCACCACCCAUCCUACGCAAAAGGUCAAGCAAGACCUCCCCGAGCCUGGAAGUGGAGGUAAAGCCUGAGAGCACUGCCCACAUGAGCCUGCCCAGCCCCAGCAUCUCCAGCCUCACCAGCAUCGCUGCCAGCUCACUCACCCUCUUGGACACUGAGGCAAGGACUCCUGCGCGGAGCGCUGCCUCCAGCAUGGAACCCAUCCCUGCUGGGACCUGCCAGCGCGCUCUGGGCAAGGACAGGACUGGAGAGAGAGGGCAGAUGUCCCCCCUGACCAGCAUCCACGACCCUGCAGCCAGCGAGGCCCUGGCCAAGGACUUGGUGGCCUUGGCCAGCCCCACGGACAGCAUGCUGCCCUUCUCCCCUGCGGAUGACACCUGCUUGCACAUCAGCUUCUCUGAAGAUGAGCUGCUUGAACCAGAGCUGGACACUGCCACGGGGCCCAGCAGGGUCCCCUCUUAGAGGGACCACAGU